AUCCAAUAAAAAAUCCAACUCUUCUUCCUCCUUCUCACUCCUCAGUUCUCAUCACAGUUAAGAGAGAAUUUUUUUUUUGUUGUAGUUUAGAUUUGAGACGGCUCCAAAUGCAAAUAAAAGCAGUUUCCAAAAUGGCCCUGAUGAAAUAAUUUAGCUACCGAUUCAUUUUUCUUUCUCUGUUUUUUAGCAAAAAUUUGUUCUUUUUGGUAGUUACAAUGAAAGACUAUGCUCGGAUUACUCUGUUUUAUUUUGAAGGGAUUGCAUGCAAAGAUUCUGACCAUUGAGGGCAAUUCAUGGUUAACUUUGUUGGACAAGUUUAGUUCUCAGAUUUCUCACUCUUUCAGCCAUCAUAUUGGAAGGGCCAUCAUUUCUUGUCUCUCGGGACUUGCAAGCGCCUGUGAAGAAGAGAGCAAGUGGGUUUUUAAUACUUAUUCUUCUAUCGAGAACUCAAAGCGAAAGGGUCCAAGGGCGAGAACUCAAAGCUAAAGCAUCCUGAGGAAGAGACUUAAGUGAUGAAAUCAUCCAAGCGACUGGCAUUCCAAGGGCAAGGCUCAAAGCAAAAGUGCCCCAAGGGAGGGAACUCAAAGCGAAAGCACCUCGAGGAAGAGACUGGAGUGAUGAAACCAUCCAAGCCACUGGCAUUCCAAGGGCAAGCUAUGGAUCAAGAAGAUGACCAAGGCCACUAUGGGUAUUAUACUGAUACAAGUUCACUCAUCCUCAAACUUGGCCAAGAUCUCUCAAUUAAUUGCUUACUUCGCUGCUCGAGGGCAGAUUAUGGCACUAUCGCUUCACUCAAUCAGAGUUUCAGGUCUCUAAUCCAAAGUGGGGAUCUUUAUAAGUUGAGGAGGCAGCUGGGUAUUGUAGAACAUUGGGUCUAUGUUUCUUAUAGCCUUCUUGAAUGGGAAGCUUUUGAUCCUUUGCGCCAUAGAUGGAUGUCUUUGCCUAAAAUGAUUUCAAACGAGUGUUUCCUUUUUUCUGACAAGGAGUCACUGGCUGUUGGCACUGAACUUCUUGUCUUUGGAAAGGAAAUAGAGUCUCAAGUGAUCUACAAAUAUACCAUAUUAACCAAUACAUGGUCGUCUGGCGUAAGGACAAACAUCCCAAGAUGGUUAUUUGGCUCUGCUAGUCUUGGAGAGAUUGCGAUCGUGGCUGGUGGUUGCGACUCAAAAGGCAAUUUACUAAGCUCUGCUGAACUUUAUAACUCAAUGACAGAAAGUUGGUUGACUCUUCCCAGAAUGCAUAAACCUAGAAAACUAUGUUCUGGGGUAUUCAUAGAUGGCAAGUUUUAUGUCAUCGGUGGUGUCGGAAUAGGCAACCCAAGUGCAAGCGUUGGAGCCAGCUUAAAGGUGCUUACCUGUGGAGAGGUAUAUGAUUUGAGGACAGGAACCUGGUUUGAAAUUCCUGAUAUGUACCCUCAAUGUGCUAGAGUGGGUACUAAUGAUUCUCCUGCAACAGCAAGAGCACCUCCUCUACUCGCAGUGGUGAAGAAUGAGUUAUAUGCAGCUUAUUGCGAUGAAAAGGAAGUCUGGAAGUAUGACAAGCAGAGAAAUGUGUGGAUUACCAUAGGUAGAUUGCCUGAACAAGCAACCUCCAUGAAUGGCUGGGGGGUUGGCAUUCAGGGCCUGUGGUAAUCAAUUGAUGGUUAUCGGUGGACCAAGGGCAUUGAAUGGAGGGUACAUAGAGAUCAAUGCUUGGGAGCCAGAUGAAGGUCCCCUAGAGUGGACAUUGCUGGGAACAAAGCAUUCAGGUAGUUUUGUUUAUAAUUGCGCUGUGAUGGGUUGCUGAGGUGUCCUGAUUUGGCAACAACUCAUAGUUUACAUGUUUACUUUCAUCUAUUUUGUUAAUUUGAUAUUCAGAAAAAAUUUUUGGCUAGUCAAGAGCUUGAAAGAAAUUCAAGCGGCAUAGACAAAUAAUGUAGAGCACCAGGUGCAUCUUUUAGCCGUGAAAUAUUGUAAAACUUCAAUAAAUAGAAUGGAAUAUGCUAUGUAAACAGACAAUUCUGAUUUCCUUUAAUAUCUUAAUUUGAUG